AUGAAAAAUCGCGGAACGAACUCCAUCGUCGAACCAGAGUUUGGAUACCGUCUGCCCCCUUUCUUCCACGUUCCGUACCCCCUUGCUCAUCAGGCCUUGCCGAAAGCCGUGGAUGCGUGGUUCAGCGGCACAGCGGAUCCCCCCUGCUCCAUGUUCCCUCGUCGCCCGCUUCGUGCGUGCACCAAGCUCAUUGGGCUGGAUGAACGGGUGAGGCUCGCUACGCGACAACGGCGGCGACACCAUGGCAGUCCAGUCCAGUCGUUGCAGGUCUUGGCCAAUUCUGUCUUCUCCCACACCAAGGCACUGGACUCUCGCUCACGAGGCAGGGUUGCGCCGCACCGUGACGUACCCUCUCUCCCGCGAGGGUAUGCGAGGGAUCUAAGUGGCCGCCACCAAGGCCUCUUGGGCGACAGAAAGCGAGGGUCGCAAAAGAUGGCCGCUGAUGGAUCACCACUACCCAAGUCCCGUCUCCGAAUCCAAGGUUCGACAUGUCCUGAUUGGAGGCCGCCUACUCGCGAAAAGUCUGGAAUGGACUGGACUGCUUCGCCCUUUUCGUGUUUCGACGAUCUUGACUUUGGACCCAGUCAGUGCAUACGGUCGAGCCGUCAGUCAGCAAACGAGCCGCGCUACCGUGCCGCGCUGUCUGUAUACGACACUGAUCCUGGGACCUUGAGGCUUGGCGAGGCGAAGGCAACAACUUGCCUCAUUACCGUCCAAGAAGAACUACUGCAUGCUGUGAUCAUCUCCCAGAUGAGCAAGUUGAGGGUUGCCAUCUACGCACUAGAUGGAAACAUGUGGUUGCACCUAUGCGAUCCUCCAUAUUCCCGUGCCUACCAUCCUCGCCCCUUCCAAGUGAACUACACGGGACGUUUCUACUAUGCGAAAAAAGGAGCUGCGUGUACCGAGCAUCCAAUGGGACGUCGUUCCUGGACGGGAGUGGUGAGGCGCACCAUCCUCGGUGUCACUUGUCUCUCUUCCCACCUCGUCCCAGCCAUUCAAUCUUCGCUAUCAACGACAGCUCGAAAAACUCCUCACCAAUCCCUCCCCUAUAGUCUAUACCACUUCGAUGCUGGUCCACAGAUGCACCACAGGACAACCCUCCCUCCUCCCCCGCCUUUGGCUGUCCUUGGCUCCUCCUUAGACAAGUUUAGUCAGGGGCAUCCGUCACUGGAAAAGAGCGCAGCCCAACCCGCAACGCACCAUGGCGCGCCUUGCUGCAAGGUCCCCGUCCCUCCAUGUCCCACCCACAUCUACCUACCAAAGUCCACCACCAUCUGUCUCUCCCAGGAACAUGGCAUGCUCGAGCUCCAGAUGGCCACCCACACCCUGACUGAUCACCUAUACUCCUCCGGUCUUUUUGAGCCAUGUCGAAACAAGCCGAGGGGCAUGUCUCCGGCCUAUCAUAGCCUCAAGGCCAUGCCUCUCCUUCUUCAACGGCCUGCCCCUUGGACCGAUCUUGUUCAGCUACUCAUCCUCCCGGUCCGACCUCCAGUCCAUCCUUCUCCAGUCCUUCUGGGAUUACCGCCGUUCUCUGCUGCAGCUCCCCGGCAUAUUCUGUCCGUGGGGCCCUACCUGGCCUUGUCCGACCUCACAAUCCCAUUCUGCUACUCCUCAUCCUCUCGGACCAUCACGUCUUCUCGCAUUCUUUGGGCUUGGAAAGAACUUGUCGUUUCGACAUCUUACCUUCUCUCACUUCUCAUUCAACAAAGGCUAGUCCUUAUUCUUCUUCACAACUUCCAUCAACAUAUCCAACUCGCCUGGUGCAAAUACCAUCCUUUCCGGAAUCAAACGAAUAUCGAAACUUCGAGACCCAUCGACAGCUAUCCGAUUCUCAACCUUCACUCCAACACUUUUUUGUUGAAACAUCCCACAACGUCAAAGCUUCCUAGCAAGACAAAGCGAGACGACAUUGUAACCUCGGCCAUCCUUGGCCCGAUUCCGAUGCCUUUGUCCGACAUCGCGGCCCGCGCUGUAUCACAAACAAUGUCAUUCUUCGAAGGCAUCCAGUCCCGUCACACCGGGACUUUCACGGUCGUGGCUGUGGCUGGUUGCUUCGAGUCGGGCCUGUUGAGGAACAGAUGCGCUGUCGAAGAUGCUGGAUCUUGUUCACAACGACAACCACACGAUACGUAG